UUCCCUAUUAAUACACCCCUUAGACCUCCUAAAAUUGUCCAAGUGCUGUAAAAUACUACAUAAAAUUUUCUACCACGUAACCAUUACAACUCAUAACCUUGAGGUGCUAAUCUAAAUUUACUAGUAUAUGACUGGAAAAUCCUUAUAGUUGUGCUCAACGUGCGGCGCUUAUGCAUUCCCUACCCAUUUAAAUUUAUAAACUGCUGCCUUAUCUUCCCGCAGGUAACAAUGGCGCUCAUUCUAUCAUCGGCAUCACCAUUAUGUAAAACACCAUCGUUGGGCCAAAGAAUUUUGUGCAGAGAAUCGAAGGGUCAAAUUCCUGGUUCAGUUUCAAUCCCAAAUGUCCACCACAAUCCCAUGUCGCUGUCACUGAGCAUUGAGUGCUCUUCUCGGCCAAAGAAGAAAGGCACUGCCCAUCACAAUAAAACGAGGCCAAAGAAGUCGGAUCCCUACGAUAGGAGAAGAAAAGGUCCCACUUAUUAUCCCCCUCUUGUCAGGCCCCCUCAAACCCAGCAGGACGACCAGCAACCACUUCCUGAUGUUCCACCUCCUACUGCUUCUUCAUCCACUGUAGAAGAACUUCCUCCGGCAGCACCUGUAGUGGCUGAGGCGAUUUAGAGCUGCAUCACUGCAUGCUUCGAGUUCUUUGUGUCAUGUGACCUUUUAACUAUAAAAUAUAAUGCUAAUUUUUUUAAAUUCUUGACAGCUACAGGUUUAAUGAUAGGACACAUUUUCCGUGCUUCCGUGCUCUUGACAUUUUGCAUUGAGUUGAAUUAAAGCUUCAUCUUUUCUUUUACCAAUUGUGCUGUGUUGUUUAAGAGCCUAGAUUGGAUAAUGUAUUGUCAUCUGAUUGACUAUAUUUUUUGCAUUUUUAAUAAAAAAGUUAUCAGUUAAUUGGAAA